GUCUUAUAUCACGAUAUUGAUAUAACAUUGAUAAAUAGCCCGGCCAAACUACAAAUCUAAAUAUAAAUUUGAGUGUUAAUAAACUCUGUGUGUUUAUUAACAGGAUAUUAAAUUAUAUAAAGUUAUAAUACUGUAUAACCACUACUACUUCUGUUAUUACGAUUAUUAUGACAACCGAUGAUAAUUAUUCGUCCCUUUUCGUGACUCCUAGAAACCGUGUCAGAGUGAGACCUCUGUGCCUGCUGCUCCUCUGUGUUAUCACCAUAUAUGGAGGGAGUUGUGUAACGGCUGGAAUGCAGAGCGACGACCCGGUCCCCGCCCUGUCAUCUUUAAAUACCCCGCACCGCUGAGAGCCGCUACACGGUAAAACACAAGGACAUGUGCUGACAUUAUUGGAUUUUAUUUUACAGCGUGAUUACCGUCACAGUUUAAGUCUUUGUUUGACUUCCGACAUGGAGCUGGACCGGCGGCUAUUGCUGGCUCACUGCACCGCUCACGCCCUGUCGAUCGCGGCGGGCUUGCUGGUGGUCGUCCCGAUGGCUCUCAACGGCUCCGCUUUCAAAGGCCGCUGCGCACUCUUCUCCACCGGCUACUGGAGGACCGAGAACCGGGCCGAGAUGACGGGGGAGCCGGGAGACGUCUCUCACCUGGUGGUGCAGCAGUGGGGUCCACCGUCAGCCUGCCAGUUCGCCACAUUUGUGGGUAUUUUCACGGUGCUGUACGGAGCCGCGCAGGGCUGGAGGUGCCUCUUCUAUCUGCACGGACGGCAUGACGACACUCUGUUUUCGUCCUUCCUGACGGUCCUGCUGAGUGUGUGUGUGCUCUUCCUGUCCGGAGGGGCCAGUGUCAUCCUGUCUCUGGGUCUGGUUUCCUGGUGUGACACCGUGACUGAUGCCAACACACGACCGUACAGCUGUGCCGAGUCCCAGUCUGUCCCUCUUUACCUGGAUGUGGACACCUCCUCCUUCUACACAGAGCUCAGUCUGGCACAGGCAUCUCUGUGGUGUGUGACGGCUCUGUGGCUCACCCAGUCCAUCCUGGCCUUCCUGCGGCUUUAUCACUCGCACAGCCAGCACAUCGGCGGGCCUUGUCUUCCCCGGGAGAAGGAUCUGCUGCUGGGCUACAGUCCGUCUGAAGGCUCCGCCUCACCUCCACAUCCUCCAGCAACACCCACCAUCUUUGUCUAAUGUGAAGUGAAGUGAAGUGGUGAUUGAAGUCUUUAUACUUGUCUCCACAAUCUAAAUUUUGUUGCAUCUUUUUAUUUUGGUACCUUUCAUAAAUGAACACGUCAUGUAAUGAUAUCUGAGCAGGGCUCAGCUUACAUUACAUCAUUAAUUAGCCCUGCAUCAUCCUCACCCGACACCUCACUUAAACCCAGUUUGUGUUUCUCAUGCGUUAUUACAUUCAAGUCUGUAAGAUAAGCAUCUGUUAUUUUCUGACAGAUAAAUAUCCUGAGAUCUUUGAAACAUUUUGAAGGUCAUUUAACAACAGUCUUGUCAAUACAACUGAAGAUACGUCCAGAAUCCUCUGAGACUCCUCUAAACAUCAGGAUGAAAAAUUAUUGUGUCCGUAUUUUACAUCCAGGUGGCUGGAAAUUAAAUAUAUCCUCACAUGUUUUGUACAACACAAAAAACAUAUAAACAUACUGUUUAUGUUUUUUAGUUUUGAAUUAAAAUAAAAAGUAAAGUAACAUAAAUUUAGACAAAUAUAACUGAUAAUAAAACAGUUUAAUUUUGGCUCACAGAAUACAAAUUAUACAAUAUUUGGAUACAUAAAGUUUGUCUUCGUUUGGAUCCGUUAAUAGAGUCAUAACUUGGGAAGCAGGUUAAAAAUCUAUUUCAUUUUGCUGCAGACUUAAUAUUUUUUAGGGUUGAACAAUUUUGAAAAAGUAUCUAAUUAAGAUUUUUUGACUGAUAUUGCAAUUCCAAUAUAAUUUUUGAUAUUAAAGGGAAAGAUCAUUUUUACAUCAUUAUUCUCAUUUUCAUUGAAUAACAUUCUUAAGUGUGAAGAAUAUGAUGUGUAAUAUGUUGUGUAAGCCAGAACGUCUCUGCAGCACGACUAAAAUUAAUUUAAAGUGGCAUAUGUCGUCUUUAACAAAUUUAUAUAAUUUAUAUUGUGCCUCCUGCAAUGUGAAAAUUGCAGAAGGCCAUAUUGCAAUUUCAAUUAAUUGUUCAGCCCUAAUAUUUUUUCAUCAAUAUGGUCAGAAGAGUCUUUGGGGAUACUGGGAAUAUCUUCAGAAUCAUUCCGUUUGUCUGAAAUUACAUCUUUUGAAACACAAAAGCUUAGUUCUGUGACUCAAAUGUAAUAAUAAUACACACAUGAGAGGCACAAACUGGAGCUGAACACAAGCUUUGUAGGGACGAAAAGGGAUUUUAUAGAAAGAAAAAGAAAAAAACACCCAUCAGAGCAGUUAAAGUGGACGUAUUCAGUGAUCUAAUAACAACAGUAUUAUUCCGAAUCUGCAGCUUAUCCUCCUCAUUCGACUUUGUGAAUUAAUGCAUUUAAUUUACGUCACUGACGACACCUCAAGCAACCAGAUGUUGUUGCUCCUACAGUCUGUCUUGAGUAUAUUUAAUAUGCAUGUUUGUUUACAGUUCAGCUGAAUAUUUUGCACACUUGCGUCCUCAUCAGGGAGAAUAAUUUUUUGUCGACUGUUCUGAGUGUUAUAUAUUCAGACGGAGAACUGAGGCGCUUUUGUAGUGAAGCAUGUGGUUAAGAGUGUGACUGAGCCACCAUGUACGUAAAACAGGCUCACUGUGUGAGCAUGACCCCGAUGUUCUGUUGUGUAACGGAAAAAAUCACAGCCGCUCCGUCUCUCUUCUUGUGACGAUUUCUAUUAUGAUGCUGUUUGUGUGGAUGCAGCGGCUCGGAGGGCGUAAAUGAAGCAGUCAAAUCUUCAUGUAGAUAAGUAGAUAAAAGGUUUGUGUGGAGGAAAGAAAUACUGACUUUGCUGAGUUUUUAAACACAUGAUGCAAAGUCGUUCCCUGUUUGUCUUUGACCCGAGCAGCUGUAAUGACACACAGACAGCGGAGCAAGAAAUCUGAAGUAAAGAGAGAUGAGACGGUUUUGUCGCUUGAAAUGAAUUUGUAAUUUAUGAAAUGUUUUUGUAUUAUAACUGAAAAUGGUCUUGCUUUUUACCUCUUGUACCUGUUUGUGCUCAUUCAUAUUCCUGUUGUUGUUUUUUUGCAUUUGUUUGUCUCGUUUGUCAAAUAAAAAAGUUUCCCAUCAUGAAAAAGA